UAUAAAUCAUGGAGUUGCGAGCCGAGGUGAAGAAUUCCUUGACUCACCAUCAGCUGCUGGAAACCACCUGUGUCUCCGACUAAUAACUGGAACUAAUCAAAAUGGCCCUGAUGCUGAAGCCGUGGACGGUGAUGAUAGCCAUCUUCCUGUGUGUGCUAGUGUGUCUGGGAGUGCUUGCAGAUGCCUAUCCCCCAAAACCAGAAAACCCUGGCGAGGACGCACCACCCGAAGAGCUGGCCAAAUAUUACACUGCUCUGAGACACUACAUCAACCUGAUCACCCGACAGAGAUACGGAAGGCGCUCGGCUCAGGAGGAGGACGUUCCAGAGCUGCUCUUUGAAGAUGACACUAACAGAGCUCAGAGAUCCAGGUAUAACUCCUUCAUGUGGUGAAGUCUCCAUCCAGCUACACCCUCCCUCAGCUUUCUUUUGUGGGUGCAUCUGUGGAUACACCUGAACGGGCCUCCCACUUUCUGACCCCCCAACUUCAUGACGAGCGGCUCAACCAAGUCUGUCCUGCUUCGCGACACAUCUCUCUCAAUACAUGAAAGCUGUACAUAGUUUAUCAUCACAAUGACAGUUUCCUGAAGUCAGAGCAAGUUUUGUUUGACCAUUAGCUUAUUUUUAAGGCUGGAGUUUUACUGUUGCUAUUAUUAACAGGAACAGACGAGUGAAAUAAUAAAACUGUUUUCUGUGAGAUAAAA